ACAUAAUGUGCAUGAAGUGCUUGUGUGAUUCAGAAUAGCAUCAAUUUUUUCACCAAAAAAUAAUUGAAUUAAGUUUUUUUUUAAACAAAAAUGUUAUAUUAACAUAAAUAAUUAAUAUUAGUAGUUAGUUAUUAUUUUUAAAAAUGUGGCAAUUGUUACAAACACAAUCUUGUCAAGUAGCAAGACAGAGGUUACUUCUAUCUAAGAGCAAUUUAUAUAUAACGAAUAUUCUGAAAGCGAAACCAAAUAAUGUAUUUAAGAGGCAUUUAUCUGAUGUUAAAGAAAGCCUGGAAAACAGUGCAAAGUCCAAUUCAUUUUUAAUUUGUAGCCCUUGGAAGCUAUGUACGGGUAUAGGAAUAGGUUUAGCUGCUCGUUUAAUGUAUAAAGAUAGUUCAGCUUUUUGUAAAGCGCAGAAAAACACAAGAGUGAUACAAAGACGGUUGAAUGUUCAAGAUGAUAAUGCAAAGUUUGACUGGAAGAGGUUAUUAGAAUACUUGAAGCCUCACAAGUGGUUGUUAGCUGCUGCUGUAGCUUCGGCAUUAGCAGUGGCAUUCCUCAAUGUUUAUAUACCGGCGAUGUUGGGAGCCAUUGUCAAUGUGUUGGCCAGUAUGAAAACAAACCCUUCAGCUGACUUCAUAGAAGAAAUCAAACUACCUGCGUUGAAAUUAGUCUCACUUUAUAUCGGGCAGGCAGCAUUUACAUUCCUUUACAUCAACUUGCUGUCUCAAGUUGGCGAGAAGGUGGCCUGUCAGAUGAAACAGGACCUGUUUGUGUCCAUACUCCAACAGGACAUGACGUUCUUCGAUCGGGAGAGGACUGGAGAGCUUGUAAAUAGGUUAACUGUGGAUGUUCAAGACUUCAAAAGUUCCUUCAAACAAACAAUUUCGGGUGGGCUAAGAGCAAUUACACAGGUGAUAGGCUCGGCGGUGAGUCUGCUCGUGAUAUCGCCGCACCUGACUGGCCUGACCAUGGUGUGCAUACCGUCCGUGGUCAUCGGUGGCACCUUCAUCGGAUCAUUGCUAAGAAAGUUGUCCAGGGAGGCGCAGUCACAGAUAGAAAAAGCGACGCUCGUUGCCGAAGAAGCGAUAUCUAACAUGCGCACGGUGCGAGCGUUCGCCGGCGAAGAGAACGAGGCGCGGAUGUUCGCGCGCGAGUGCGAGGCGGCCGCCGGCCUCAGCACGGAGCUGGGGCUCGGGGUGGGGCUGUUCCAAGCUGGCACCAACCUGUUUCUCAAUGGAAUGGUUCUCGGCACGAUGUUUCUCGGCGGCCAUUUGAUGUCGACCGGUCAAAUGUCGGCCGGUGACGUCAUGGCGUUUUUAGUCAACGCUCAAACUGUGCAGAGAUCGGUCGCACAACUGUCGCUGUUGUUUGGUUCAGUUGUCAAAGGAAUUAGUGCUGGUGGGAGAGUUUUCGAGUAUAUCAACUUGGAACCAAAAAUGAACUCGUCCGGUACGAAGACGAUAAAAUACCACGAGUUUCGAGGCGACAUAGAAUUCAGAAACGUGACUUUUGCCUACCCUACUAGACCCGAAGUGAAUGUUCUGAGAAAUUUCACCUUGAGCAUACCGGCCGCCAGAACCAUCGCUAUAGUGGGUACUUCGGGUAACGGGAAGUCUACUGUUGUGGCCUUAUUAGAAAGGUUCUAUGACAUAGACCGCGGUCAAAUCACCAUAGACGGGGUGGACAUCAAGGAGUUGGAUGUGAAGUGGCUCCGGGGCAGGGCGCUGGGGCUGAUCGGCCAGGAGCCGGUGUUGUUCGCCACCAGCGUGCGGGAGAACAUCCGGUAUGGGAGACCUGAUGCUACUGAUGCUGAGGUUUACAACGCCGCCGUGACAGCGAACGCCCAUGAGUUCAUAUCCGGUUUCCCCGAAGGAUACGACACAUUAGUAGGAGAGAGAGGGAUGGCGCUAAGCGGGGGACAGAAACAGAGAAUAGCCAUAGCUAGGGCCGUUUUGAAGAAUCCUCCAGUACUUAUAUUGGACGAAGCCACGAGUGCCUUAGAUUCUGCCGGAGAGAAGGUGGUACAAACGGCUUUGGAGACGGCAGCCAAAGGUCGCACCGUGCUGAUUAUAGCUCACAGGCUGUCUACCAUCAUCAAUGCUGAUCUCAUCGUCGUGCUUAAUAAGGGGAAGAUUGUUGAGAUGGGCACCCAUGACCAGCUGAAGAAACAGAAAGGCUUCUAUUGGAACCUGAUCAAGCAACAAGACCAAGAGUCGGAAUCUAUAUCCAGGGCGUUAUGAGGUAGAUCUCGCUAGGUAAAGAUAGCUGUAAUAGGCAUAAUGUGGUUACCGUGGUAUAUGUGAUUCACGUUUUUAUUUAUUAUUUUCAAUCAAUUUUAUUUUAUCAAGCUUGGUGAUGUGUUGCUAAAUGACAGACUAUAUACAUAUAACCUCGUCCAUAUCUCUUGCGGGGUAGACAGAGCCAACAGUCUUAAAAAGACUGAUAGGCCACGUUUAGCUUUUGGCUUAAUGAUAGAAUUGAGAUUCAAAUAGAAUAGAAUGACAGACUAUUUGCCAUUAUGUAGAAAUAUAUUUUAUAGUAUACACGGCUCGAAUACCUCGUAGCAUGGCACGCGCGACGCCGUUUUUAUCGCGCUAUAAUUUGUUUCGCUUUUUAUUAUGACGUGAAACGAGACAGCGAUAGUUUUUCGCGCUAAGGGGCUUCGGAAGCUGAGACACCUCCCAUAUACCAAUUGCGAGCUAUCUCCUGAGCCUAUUGUACACAAUUAAAAAACAAACUGAACGGGCCGAGGGUCUGUCUGGGUCUUUGUCUAAAUAAAAAAGAAUUUUCCCGUUCAAGAUACGUCUUGUCGUCUCGUCGUCUUAUGGUCGUCUCCUUAGUGUCCAAGUCGAUUGUCCUUUUUUUCACAGUCUGUCAGUCGGUUUUAGUCAUCUAAAAUGUUAAGUCAGAGUCUCGUUUGUCCAUGGAGGUUGAACGGCCGCUACACAAACCAUUAAUCUAAGUCACUGCAGUGUGAUUUUUAUAAAUGUUCAGUUGUUUAGAUGUAGCAAUUUAGGUGAAAGGUGUAAUAUUAACACAGAGUUGAGCUUUGUGUUCAUAUUUCUGUAAGGCUUUACACGACCGUUGUUGAGACAUUAUGUUUUCUAUAUAUGUAUGAGGUUAAUCAAAUACAUUGAGUGAUAGAAGAAGGGUUGAGGCCGCCGUUUAUAGCUCGGCCAGAAAUAUAGCACACCUGUCAAUGAGGGCACUAAUUCUGCGUUUCAAAUGGCUUAAUCGUGUUAUUUCAUAAAAAGUAAUUUGACAUUUAAUUUGACAGUAAUGCACAACUGUCAAAUAUAAACCGACGUGAUCGUAAACAAGACUGACUACUUAUUAGCUUUGUUUACUUUUUUUUUAAAUAAUUAUUGCCAGCUCGAUUUUUUUUAUUAAUUUUUAAUCUCCAUUAAGGCGAGAUAUGCUAUAUUUCUGGUCAAGCUUUAAAUAAAUAUAUGUAUGUCAUCAUUACAGAUCGUGAUUUUUAACAAAGUUAUAUGGUAUCCGACUGCUUUUAUUUGAAGCUUUUUUUCAUGUCACAAUAUUCCGUAAUGGGUUUUAUUAAUUUAUUAUUUGUUAAGUAACUUACAGUGUUCCAGUACAUAAUAACUAUAUUUUUGUUACGUUCAUUCUUAGUUUAUAAGAAUAUGACAUGAAAAGUUUGUUUUGCAAUGAUUGAAUUACUAACUUUUAUUUUAAAUUUCCACUAUAAAAUAUUAAAUGAAUCAUGACCCUAUAUAUAUAGAUAUUAUAGACUUAAACGGCUAUUUGAUAUGUUGGAGAUGUUGACCAAUAGAGGGUAUUUCUGCUUAAAUCAUUUCUUGAAAGGUCAUGAUUUUGAUUGAUCAAAAGAGGAACUGUACCGGUUUUUGCAUUUUGACCCGAUAUUUAUUAAAAGAGUACGAAUAUUUAUUGUAUAUGAUAUAGAUAGUGGUUUUGAUUUAUUUUGUAAUAAAAUGUUAGUUGUUGGUAAGUUGUUGUGUUUUUUUUAAACAACGCCCUAAAUAUAUAUAUUAUUAUUAUUAUUAAGUUUGGGUAGUUACAAUAAAUAACCAAGUAAUUCCGAAGAAUUUAAUAUUUAUUGCAUACGGAUCACCAAAAUUUUUUGUACAGUAAUUUUUAUAACACUGACAAGUUAUUUACAGUUUCUAUUAACUAUCUACUUUAUUGUAGUAUGUACAAGAGAUAACAAACUGUAGAAUUACAAUCAAUUUAUUACAUGUUACAAAUUAGUUUCAUUAAGUAUAUUUAUUUAUAUAAAGCAAGGAGUUUAAAACCAAAUGGAGUAACAGCAUGAAAAAGUAAGAUUUGACAAAAUUUCGACAAUAUUGAGAACAGAAUAAAAUGUCAAUA